GAACAAAAUCCAAGAAAACGAGCGGCCGAGGGCUACGACUUGGAGGGAAAGUCUUUCAGUUUGCUUCUCCCGCUCUUCGUGGCAGGCAAGGAGCUCCGGGCGAGCUUCGGUCCUCCUUCGGAGCCAAGUCUCAGCGCCUGACGAACUUGGGGGCAAGGUCGGCACGGGCCAGUCGAGGCUGGUCCUUCAGGAUGCUCUUGAUGAGAUGCUCCAUAUUCUACCUUUUCCUUCUGCUACCACUCAGCUCCUGGAUGCAGAAACUACCUACUAGAGAUGAAGAACUUUUUCAGAUGCAGAUCCAGGACAAAACUUUUUUCCAUGAUUCUUCAGUACUUCCUGAUGGAGCAGAGAUCAGUAGUUAUCUCUUCAGAGGAACACCCAAACGGUUUUUUUUUGUGGUAGAGGAAGAUAAUACACCAUUUGCAGUUACAGUGACUCCUUGUGACACACCUUUGGAAUGGAAACUGAGUUUGCAAGACCUCCCUGAAGAGUCAAGUGGAGAGGGCUCAGGUGACCCAGAGUCACUUGAACAACAGAAUCAGCAGAUUAUUAGUGAAGAAGGCACAGAGCUGUUUUCAUAUAGAGGAAACGAUGUUGAGUAUUUUGUAUCCUCUACUUCACCUUCUGGGUUAUACCAGUUAGAACUCUGGUCAACAGAAAAGGAUACACACUUUAAAGUCUAUGCUAGUACAACUCCAGAGUCAGAUCAACCAUAUCCUGAACUACCUUAUGAUCCAAGAGUUGAUGUCACUUCUCUUGGUCGUACAACUGUCAGUUUGGCAUGGAAACCUAGCCCUACAGCUUCAGUAUUGAAACAGCCAAUACAAUAUUGUGUAGUUAUUAAUAAAGAACACAAUUUCAAAAGUUUCUGUGCUGUUGAGACUAAACAGAGUGCUGAUGAUACAUUUAUGAAGGCUCCUAAACCUGGUCUGGAUUUUAGCCCUUUUGAUUUUGCCCAUUUUGGAUUUUCUUCCAACAGUAACUCUGGGAAAGUAAGCAGCUUCUUAAAAUCAACACCAAAGCUUUAUUCAAAACUUUAUUCAAAGCCUAAAUUUGAUCUGGAAAAGAUAUGCAUUGGAAACAAGAAUAUAUUUACUGUAUCUGAACUGAAACCUGGUACACAGUACUAUUUUGAUAUAUUUGCUGUAAAUGUCAAUACAAAUAUGAGUACUGCCUACGUUGGUACUUUUGCAAGAACUAAAGAAGAGGCCAAACAGAAGACAGUUGAUUUAAAAGAUGGGAAGGUUACAGAUGUGUUUGUUAAGAGAAAAGGCACCAAGUUUUUGCGGUUUGCUCCUGUUUCAUCACAUCAAAAAGUUACAUUUUUUGUUCACUCAUGUCUUAAUGCCAUACAAAUGCAAAUCAAAAGAGACAGAAAACUUCUGUUGUCUCCAAAUGUUGAGGGCGUCCAGCAGUUUCAGCUUAGGGGAAAGCCAAAAGCCAAAUACCUCAUUCGACUGAAAGGAAAUAAGAAGGGAGCUUCCAUACUGAAGUUUUUGGCCACCACAAGACCCAAUAAGCAGUCAUUUCCAUCUCUUCCUGAAGAUACAAGAAUUAAAGCCUUUGAUAAACUUCGCACAUGUUCCUCAGUCACAGUGGCAUGGUUAGGUACACAAGAAAGAAACAAGUUUUGCAUCUACAAGAAAGAAGUAGAUGAUGAUUAUAAUGAGGAGAAAAAGAAAAGAGAACAAAAUCAAUGUCUGGGACCAGACUUGAGAAAAAAAUCAGAAAAAGUCCUCUGUAAAUAUUUUCACAGUCAAAACCUACAAAAAGCAGUUACCACAGAGACAAUUAAAAGUCUAAAGCCGGGCAAAUCCUACCUUCUGGAUGUUUAUGUCAUAGGACAUGGUGGGUACUCUGUCAAAUAUCAAAGCAAAUUGGUGAAAACAAGAAAAUUGUGUUAGGAAUCUUUUACAUAAAAAUCAGCAGAACAUUAUUGGAUUGACUAACUACUUAUACAGAAUAGAAGUUGUAAACUGUAUUGAUAUUAUGUAUAGGAAAUAUUAACAUCUAUAUUUAUGUUUACAGAAGUAAUUAAAAAAGACUCAGAUUAGUGCUCUUCGUUGGUAUCUGACGAUUGCAUUAUCAUGCAUCUGGUGGUCUAUGUUUGAUGAUCAGUAAAUAAUGAAGAUAGCAGGGAAUAUUGAAGAACCUGCCCUUUUUGGCUUCCAUAUUGCAUGAAGUGCUUCUAAAUUAUUUUAUCAUAUCAAAGGCUAACACAAAUCAUUCAGUAGGAUAUUAAUCAUAGGCAAAGACAAGAACCAAAACUUCCAUCCAAUCUCUUUUCAUAGAUUACGGUUUAUGUAAAUUAUUUUUAUUGUCUUGUUUAAUAUAUCUAGGUUUCUAUGUUGUAAACUAUGAAAAAUCUUUUCUUGUUAAAAGCAUAGAUCUAAAUUAAAUAUUAACUGGGGUUUCCAGUUUUAUUGUUAAUAUAAAUUCCUAUUUGCUUAAUUUUAAAUGCUUUAAAAGUUUAUGUAUUUCAUGUUCAAAAUUGUCAGUCAUUAUAUUCCUGUACAUAAAAUUAAAAUAUUAUA